ACUCGAAGAAGCACCUCCAAAGAUAUUUCUAUUUCCCCCUUUCCCCAACCUCACUCCUCCAAUACCCAAUUUCCAAAUCCCAGAUUCACAUCCAACAUUUCCUCCAUUAACAUGACAACCUACGGCACAAUCCCAACAUCCCAAUCUCCAAACACAGACAAUCUCCAAUUCAUCACACGCGCAAAACACAAGAUCCAAUCAACCCUCACAACAUGUCGUCCAUGGAACCUCUUAUUUUCUCUCUCCUCUCUCUCUUUCCCAACCUCCAUAAACGACACUUUUCUCACAAUCAAAACAAACCUUUCUUACUUCCGCAUGAACUACGCAAUCAUCGCACUUAUAAUCCUCUUUCUCUCUCUUCUUUGGCACCCUCUUUCUCUCAUCGUUUUUACUCUUUUUAUGUCCGCUUGGUUAUUCUUCUACUUCCUGCGCGAAUCGCCACUUGUUGUUUUUGGGUAUGAAGUUGGUGAUAAAGCUGUGCUUCUUCUUCUCACCGUUUUCACCGUUGUUUUUCUGCUGCUUACCGAUGUUACUGUUAACAUUGUUGUUGCGCUUUUUGUUGCGGUUGCGGUGAUUGUAGCUCAUGCGGCGGUGAGAAGGACGGAUGAUCUUCCGGUAUCGGAUGUCGGGUUCGAGGAUGAGAGUGGUGCGCGUGUUGUUUAUAGUCGGAAUACUGGUGGAUUGGGUGAACGCCUUCCUUUGAAGGAUACGGCGUCGUCUUCGUUUUCGGCAUCUAAUUGAAAAUUGAUAAUUCAAUCAUGUAAUCUGAUGAUGUAAUCUUUUUUGUUAAGACGACCACAUUUGGUGUACUACAGACAAGGGGGAUGAUGCCACUUUGUUUACAUUGAGAGGUUGUUAGUUGAAAGGGAAAUUAUUGGCGGCAAAUGUGAAUGCAAUUUGAUUGUGGCUACAAUUACUUAUAGUAUAUAGUUACUAGCCUUA